AUGAAGACCGUCGCCCUCUUCGCUCUCCUCUCCACCCUCGUUACUGCCGGCCCAAUCGAGUCGCGGAGCACCCAGUCGUGUGACACUGCUCCCUACUCGUCGGGUCCGAAGGUCUCAACAAGUGAGCAUACAAUCCUCAGCCUUGGCGCGUAUGCGCCUUUCAUCUCCCGCCAGUCAUCCCUUUGCCGCGACACUCCCAAGGGGUUCACGGUUGAUCAGGUCACCAUCGUGUCGCGCCAUGGUGCUCGUUCACCCACCGCUUCCGCACUCAAGAAGAUCACCGCCACCAUUGCCAAGGCAACGAAUGCUACCAUUACCGACGACGCUUUCGCCUUUGUCAAAAAUUACACCCUUGACGGGUACACUGCCGAUCAGCUUACCGAUUUUGGCCGUCGCCAAAUGUACGACUCGGGUGUCACCUACGCCAAGCGCUACAAGAGCCUUGCGAAGAAGUCCUUCACACGUUCGGCCUCGCAGGACCGUGUGGUUGAGUCUAGCCAAUACUUUAUUCAAGGCUUCUCUGGUCAAAAGUUCAACAUUAUCAACUCAACCUUGCUCACUCUUCCGGAUGUUAUUGUGUCUGAGGAUGCCGGGAUGAACAACACCAUGGCAAACAUGAACUGCCCUGCUUUCGACGAUGCGACUGUAGACCCUGGAGACGUUGCGGAGGACAACUGGACUGCCGUCUUUGCCCCACCUAUCACUGCCCGCCUCAACGAGAAACUCUCGGGAGCCAACUUUACUGAUGCCGAUGUUGCCAUCCUCAUGAGCAUGUGCGGCUACGACGCUAUCAAGAACCUCGACUAUGCCGUUGGCCCUUGGUGCAGCGUCUUCACCGAUGACGAGUGGGACCAGAACGAGUACUGGUUCGACGUCAGCAAGUACUGGGGACGCAGUUGGGGCAACCCCUACGCCCGCCCUCGCUACAGUGGCUACGUCAACGAGGUCAUUUCGCGCCUUACCGGCAACCCCGUCGUUCUUGGUGGCUCCACAAACUCGACGCUCGACACCAACGCUGUCGACUUCCCCCUCGACAGGACGUUCUACAUGGAUGCGACCCACGAUAACGACAUGUCAGGAUUGCUUGCAGCCCUUCGUAUCGGCAAGGACGACCCACUUCCCACUGGUGUCGCCACGGACAAGAUCCCCCGCCACCACUUCACUGUCUCGCAGAUCGUCCCUUUUGCUGCUCGUUUCGCGAUUGAGCGCCUGUCGAACAAGGCGGGUGACAAGUACGUCCGCAUCCUCAUCAAUGAUGCGGUUUCGCCCAUGGAUUUCCCGGGCUGUGGCGACUAUGGCUGGGCGGGCAUGUGUGAGCUCGACGCGUGGGUCGCUGCCCAGUCGUACUCUCAGGACGUCAACUCGUACUAUGACGAGGUUUGCAGCACCAACUACAACGUCACGGUGCUUCUUGAGUAA